AUGCCCCCUCCCUUCAUCAAACCCUCCCCUUCCCUCUCCAAAAUGGCCACAUACCUCGUCACCGGCUCCUCCCGAGGUCUUGGCUUCAACAUCGUCAACCACCUCGCCUCGCGCCCAGCUUCCGAAGUGGAAACCAUCUUCGCGACCUCGCGACAGACGAUCAGCACACAAUUACAGGAGCUGAUCGAUCGCGAGACAGGUCGCGUGGCGUUCGUUAAGCUCGAUGCUGCGAAUCAGACUAGCGUGAAGGAUGCGUUGGGGGAAGUGGAGAGACAGCUACAGAUACAGGGACAGGAUCAGGAGAAAGGAGGGAAGGGCAUCGAUGUGUUGAUUAAUAAUGCGGGGGAUAUGCCUUCGACGAGGGGCGGGAUUGAAAAUAUGGACAACCUCAACGAGACGUUCAACACGAACGUAACGAGCGCGCACAUGGUGACGUCCGCGUUCCUGCCACUACUCAGAAAAGGCGAGAAGAAGAUCAUUGCGAAUAUCUCCACAACCGUCGGCUCAAUCGCCCUAUCACACAAAUACAAAAUGAGCCCGACACCCGCGUACAAGGUGACCAAAGCGGCACUGAACAUGUUAACGGUGCAGUAUGCCCAGGAGCUCGACGAGGAGGGGUUUACAGUGUUGGCGAUUAGUCCGGGGUGGCUGCGAACUGAAUUGGGAGGCGCGGACUGGGCUGAUUUACCACCCGCAACCGGGGCCGAGGCGACGAUGCAGAUCAUCGAUUCUACGACGAGGGCGAUGAAUGGGAAAUUCUUGAAUAUCAAGGUUCCUGGGUGGGAGGAGAAUCCGGGUGUGAAUCAGUAUGAUGGGAAGGAGGUUCCUUGGUGA